AUGACUCACUUUGAAUUCCCAUUUCAGACGUUAUAUCUGCCGCAACAUACGGAUAUGAACAGUAUAACUUACAAACUCCAGUCAAAGAACGUACACAGAAACGCCUCAAGGAGUACGCUAGGAUACAAUCGCAACGCCGGUACCUACGAGGAGGAUUUGGAAGCCUCCGAGAUCAUGCACGAUGUGCAGAAUACACUUGUCGUUUUCGGCAAAAUAGAUCCCGAUAAGGAUGAACCAAGGCCCAUGAAGACCUGGUCGAAGGAGUACCGCCAGCUGGUGUCCGGACAGGUACGUAUCACAAACGGCAACAAAGCGGAUCCGGUUAUCUCAGCCUACACAGAUGUGCCCGAAUUUCUGGCCGCGCAUACUUCUACCCCGGACAAAGACACCACCUAUGCUGUCCUCGACAAUGGCUGCGAGAUCAAAAUUAGGAUAGACAAGAACGUGGAUCGUGACAGCAUCCAGUUUAUCAACGACACCAGAGCAGAGAAAUACAAGGUCCUAUUUGACAGGCAUGUAAAGGAGGGCGAGAUGUCUAACGGGCACACCGAUUACGACAUGCAAGUGAACCAACUGUUCCGCUUUUCCCGGGAUCGCUACGACUUGGAUAACAUCACCGGCAGGGUAAAGGGUGACUACAUCGUCCUAUUCGCACCCUUUCUCAGGUCGCAAAUGAAGUCUUGA